AUGGCCGUAGGAGAUGAUCUGGAGAACCGAAUGUCGGCGAAGGAUCGAGGGAUCGGAAGCAGAGGCGGUGAUCGGAGUGGAAUCGGACCGCCGCCUAGGCCGGAACCGUUGGUCUAUGGCGAUGACGCGUUUUCGUCGCAGUGGACGUCGUGGCUGGUUCCGAUGUUCGUUGUGGCUAACGUGAUAGUCUUCAUCGUCGCCAUGUUCGUCAAUAACUGCCCGAAGCAUCCCGAGUCCCAUGGUCCCAACCGGCACUGUGUCGCUCGUUUCCUGGGGAGACUCUCCUUCGAGCCUCUCCGGAUUAAUCCUCUCUUCGGUCCUUCUUCUCGCACAUUGGAGAAGUUAGGAUCACUCGAGUGGGAAAAAGUUGUGGAGAAGCGUGAAGCUUGGCGUCUCCUGACAUGUAUAUGGUUACACGCCGGUGUUAUUCAUCUCGCAGCGAAUAUGCUAAGCCUCGUCUUCAUCGGUAUUCGCCUUGAGCAGCAAUUUGGUUUCGUUAGGAUAGGAUCUAUCUACGUAUUAUCAGGAAUGGGAGGAAGCAUAAUGUCGUCGCUGUUUAUCAGAAACGGUAUCUCUGUUGGAGCUUCUGGUGCUCUCUUUGGUCUCCUUGGCUCAAUGCUCUCCGAACUUCUCACCAACUGGACAAUCUACUCUAACAAGAUUGCGGCACUCUUGACGCUUUUGUUUGUCAUUUUGGUAAACCUGGCCAUUGGGAUUCUACCUCACGUUGAUAACUUUGCUCAUGUGGGUGGGUUUCUAUCGGGGUUUCUCCUCGGGUUUAUUCUACUGGCUCGUCCACAGUUCAGGUGGUUAGCAAGAGAUCAUAUGCCACAAGGCACACGUCUGACUUCCAAGUACAAGCCUUACCAAUACCUGUUGUGGCUCCUAUCUCUGGCUCUGUUGAUUGCUGGGUUCGUGGUGGCUCUGUUGAUGCUAUUCCGAGGAGAAGACGGGAAUGAUCACUGCCGCUGGUGUCGCUACCUGCGCUGUAUUCCCACCUCGAGAUGGAGUUGUGAGGGCGUCUGA